GAACCGAUAAGCACCGAUAAGAAAUCGGUAGUUGAAAGAAUGAAGCUUGGUGGCGGAGUGGUGUACGGCGGUCCAAGUAGCGCCGCUCUGCCCACUCUGCUUCUCGGCCAUGGAAGAACUCGUCUUCGUUGCUCUGCUUUCUCUCCAGCUCCCGUUGGCCUUGUUGAAAAUGUAGACCACAUGACUUUCAUAAAGGAUGUGGCGGCUGCUCAGCCUCCCGAGCAUUUGGGUCAGUUGCUGAGAAUGCUUAAGACUAGAGGUGAAUCCAUUUUGUCUCCUGGAGCCAAGCAGGGGUUAAUCCCCCUUGCCAUUCCACUGACAAAAAACAGCUCAGGUGCUGUAACUGCACUGCUGAGAUGGCCUACAGCUCCACCUGGGAUGGAGAUGCCAGUGGUGGAAGUCAGAAAGCACGGAGUAUGGCUUUUAGCCAAGAAUGUAGACCUAUUUAUGCACAGAAUAUUAGUUGAAGAAGAUGCCAACAGCUCUUCAGAAAGCAAUGGCGAGCUAUUUCAUGCUGCAGCUGAUGCUGGGGAGAAACUUUACAGAAUGGGUGACUAUGCCAAGUCUCAGAUCUCAAAUCUAGAUGUCUACCUCUUAAAAAAGAAACAAUUCACCUUUCAGGUUGGUUUGUUUCCGGAUGUCUUAGAGCGUAAAGUGACGCGCCAUUUUGAAGAGGGUGACCAUGUUUCAGCUUUGGUGACCGGAGAAUUUUAUACCAAGAAGGAGCAUUUUCCAGGAUUUGCUCGACCAUUUGUGUUCAAUUCAGAGGUUUUGCUGAGGGUUGGUCGUAAACUAGAAGCUAAAGAUGCUGCCAGGGGAGCCCUAAAAUCGCCAUGGUGGACUUUGGGCUGUAAAUACCAGGAAGUAGCAGAAAUAGCACAAUGGGAGGAUGAGCAGAUUGAGUACAUUAAGGAGAAGGUGACAGAAGAGGGAAAGGAAGCUGAUCUUAAGAAGGGAAAGGCUCCUGCUCAGAUUGCAUUGGACGAAGCUGCCUUCUUGUUGGAUUUAUCCUCCAUUGAAGGGAGUUGGGAUGACUCCGUGGAAAGAAUUGCUGAAUGUUAUAAAGAGGCAGGACUCCCUGAUGUUGCGAAAUUUGUACUAUACAGAGAUUGAGGAGGGAGUUAUCCGUUUCUUUCUCUAGCACUUUCUAUGGCGGCAUUGGGUGGCAGACUAACCACUAGUUUGAAAUACGGCGGCGAACUUUGCUGGCUAAGAUGUGCGAAAAUAUGAUCAAUUAUGUUUGGGGCAUAGGCAUCAAGGGUUCAUGGUGGUACCAUAGGAAAAAUAAUGGAAUAUUGGACUUAGUAAAAGGUUCACAUCGAGAUCGUCUCUA